AUGACGAUUCUCGAAACCCCGUUGCUUGACUGCUUGUACCACGAAGCCGUCGAGCACGACUUGGCCGCCUCCGCAUUCUGGCAAGCCUACCUGCAGUACCGAUUUCCCCAGUCGGAGAACUUUGCCAUUCUAGCCGAACCCGGGCACGUCCAGGCCGAGGAUGGACGGUGUACCAGUCGGGUUGACAUCAAGGUGUACAGGUUCGAGCUAAAUACCGCAGUGCUCCCGGCCUUGCUCUUUCUAGAGGCCAAGCGGGGGAAAAAAAUCAAGGAAACCGAGAAGCAGGUUCUGGAAGCGGCCAAACCGUACCUGCGCUCUCCCUACCGUCUCCCUUUCGUCUACUGCAUGGUGGCCUGGGGUGUGAAAGCACGCGUCUGGGUUGUCCAUCAAAGCCGGCAUCCUCAGCUCACUGCCCUGUGGGCAGAGAGCGAUGCCGGCGACAGAGUCCAGUACGCCGAUGCGGGUGGUCAUUACGCCGUCUUGGUUCACAACGCCCUGUGCUUGAUCAAGGGUGAGGAGCAGAGGGAACUGCCUCUAGAGAAUGGGCCACCCAGCCGGUAG